AUUGGAAGCUGCUAUUGGCCACGAAUCCCUUUCCUCCUCGGCAUCUUUUCUAUGACGAAAAUUCUCCGCGCCGAACAUCUGUUCGAUUUUAUACCGCAAAUGUCAAAAAGGAAAUGUGUUGGAACUGCAACCUCUUGAAUUCUCUUGUCCCUGUGAAGGAAGCUGCCCGGUUGGGAAGCAGAAAAUGCUGCUGGUCACUAUCACUACUGUCUAACGGUUUUGGAAAAAUCACUGCUGUGCAGAGCAUUAUCUUCACCUUUUCAUGAAAUGAGCCUGAUCAUACGUAAUCUGCAGAGAGCCAUCCCUAUCAGGAGAGUGCCACUUCGCAAGAAGAUAGAGCAACUCCGUUGCAUUUUGGGUGUGCAGAGGUUUGAUCUCGGUGUGGUCUGUGUUAGUAAUAGACACAUUCAGCUGCUCAAUAGAACAUACAGAGGGAAGAAUAUCCCUACUGAUGUGCUGUCAUUUCCUUUUCAUGAGAAUCUGAGGGCAGGAGAUCUACCACAGCCUUGUGAUCCAGAUGAAUACAAUUUAGGAGACAUUUUUCUAGGAGUAGAAUAUAUCUAUCGACAGUGUGAGGAGAAUAAGGAAGAUUCCAAUAGUAUUCUUAUAGUAACGAUUGCUCAUGGCAUCUGCCACUUACUUGGAUAUAAACACAGCACAGAAGCGGAAUGGCAACAGAUGUAUGAGAAGGAAGCACAAAUUCUCCAACAGCUAAGCAGAUUGUCAGGCACAAACUUCCAACCACUGACCAAAAGCCACUUCUAGUGGUUAUAUCCAUAUGUUGGCCCACAAAUAAAAGACAAUGAAGUUCUAA